UUAAUUUCACAGCUCUCAUCUUGUUUCUCUCCUCCCACCAUUACCUCCUCAUCCGCAACCCUAAUCAAAUCUAGGGUUUUCUAUCCAUUCCUAAAAUCUAGAGCCACUGUUUUUCUCAGAAACGUCUCAUCAACUAAAAUGAGUAGUGUCUCUGAUAAAGAAUCAAUCUCUAUUCCUUCUGAAACAGUAAAUACUGUUGAAGAAAAGAAGCCAACUUCCGAUGUUGUUGUUCAGUAUGUAGUACUCAGAAGAGAUUUAAUUGAUUCAUGGCCAUUAGGUAGUGUGGUAACACAAGGUUGUCAUGCUUCUGUUGCUGCAAUUUGGUCUAACAAAGAUGAUGCUCAUACCAUUGAUUAUUGUUCCCCUGACAAUAUUGAUUCGAUGCAUAAGGUAACUUUGGAGGUUAAGGGAGAGACCCAAAUACAAAACCUAUCGCAGAAACUAACAACCAAUGGCAUUGCUCACAAGCUUUGGAUUGAACAACCAGAAAACUUUCCAACUUGUCUCGCUACGAAACCAUACCCAAAGUCUGUUGUUUCCUCAUUUUUCAAGAAUUUGAAGCUCUGUAAGUGAUGGUUCUGGGAAACCAAAUAUGUUGGUGAAAGAGGGUUACCAAGUCUUCUGGCGAAGAGAGAAACAGCAAGUAUACAAGGCGAAGAACCGUAUCAGAGAUUCUGGGCAUGCAUGGUUUGCCGGUGAGGUCGAAACAAAUGCAAGUGUUCAAGCAAAUAGAUUCUCUUUAUGUCUGUUUGAAAAUGAAACAUUAGCCUAGUCGGCUUACUACUUGAAAUAGCAAGAAGAAAGAAAACAUCCUGCAAUUUGUGAGUUUUGCUCAUUUUAUGCGAUGUAAGACUUGCCUCUCUGAAGCUUAAAUUUUUAAUCCUUAAAUGGAUCCCGUGAAAUUCUUUUGCAGAAGGGCAGCAAGAGAAGUCUUCUGCCAGAGAUUGAAAGCACAAAUUAAAUCAA